CUCUUUCGACAAGAUUGUGCCAUUAUGGACUCUGGAUUUUGGCAAUUUGUGAAGAAGGCCUACCAUGAAAUGGGGAAUCCUGGUAGGAAAAAUUUGGAGUAUGAAUUUGGCAAAGAGUUGGUUAAUUACGUCAAAGGGGUAAUUCCUAGUCUAGGAAAACCUUGGAGUAUUUGUCGUUAUCUUUAUCUUCCAUAUUGUAUCCCGAGAUCACAUUGGUUUGCAAUCGAGGUCGACCUGCAAGAGCGACAAAUCAACAUCUUGGAUAGCUUACCGAGUAGUGUACAUGAUGCCCAGCUUAGCAAUUACAUGAAGCCCGUACGGAUGGUCAUACCAUGGCUUAUGAAACUACACGUAAAUGAGAACUACAACACAUCAAUGCUAAAGUAUAAAAGGGUCAGACCACUUCCUGAACAAAACAAUGGAUCUGAUUGUGGGCUUUUUACAGUGAAGUUCAUCGAAUUUUCAUUAGCAGGACUAGAUCUGAGUCUUGUUCAGGCUGAACAUAUGAUGAUGUGGAGGGUAAAAAUGGCAGCUGAAAUUUUUGCAUGGCAUUUUGACCCUUAGCUCAGAUAGUAUGGUUGAAUUUCUUUUGUAAAAUUGCUUCUAUCAUUGCUAAUGUAAAAUUUGUCACAUUGCUAGCCUUUUUUUGCCAUAACUUAGCUGUUU